CGGUGUCAGACACCGACAGCGAGACUUCGCGCACCUGUCGCAUUGCACGCCUCCCUCGGCCAGCUCACACAGCGCGGCUGGCGUAGGCCACCUUGUCUCAGACGUCUCUUGCGGCUCCGCGUAGGCUGUCGCUCGUUUCUGCUUGGCGGAUCCCAGCGAAGAGCCCAAAUUGCUCGCGAAACAGUCCCAGCCGGGCUUCUCCUUACGCAUCCUGGUCGCCGUCUCCGCGUUCUUAUUGUUGCAAUCAAAGUCGACUUCCGGGCCGGCUCAUCCCUCCGUCCAAGGCAACAGCACGUCCUUUUGCCAGCAGCUCUCUCACGCGGCUACUUUUGGCGGACAGAUCCCGCUCUCAUUUCAGCGGCGACCGUUGUGCCAAAGCCACCGUCAUGCGCGCCGCAUCAGACACGCAUGUUUGACGUUUCAUGGCUUGCGAUCUGGUAAUUGCUCUUUUUCAACGACACCCUCUUUCAAAACCCCACACAGAGCCCAGGCGCGCCCAGACUUUGUGUCCACCUCGCUAGCUGCUGCUGCCGCCUCUGUUACUGCUUCUUCUGGUAGGAAGUCAGCAUGGCGUACGAUCAGUACGGCAACUAUCCGCAGCAACAGCAGCCUUACUACAACCAGCCUCCACCACCGCGCGGAGGGUCCAGAGGUCCACCUCAGGCACAACAGAGAGGACAAGAGCCCUACGCGUAUCCGCAGGCAGGAUAUAGUGGCCAGGACAGGUACCAGCAGCAACAACCGGGAAGAGUAGAGAGUUACCACGGUUAUGAUGACGUAGAUAUCUUGGAUCAGUACGGUGGCGACGAGCAGGAUCAACAGGGCUACAGUCAGCAGUAUCAGCAGGCCAGCAGCUACGGUGACGCAGGCAGACUCCAGUCACGCCCACCCCCGCAACAAUAUCGCGAACCGCCGCAACGUAGAGACUACUAUGGCCCGCCGCCUCGCGGCUAUGGGCCUCCGAUGGGAGGGCCCGGUGGUCAAGGCCGAGGGCCGCCACCAAGAGGCUAUCCUCCGCAGCAGAGAGGUGGUUAUGCGCCGCAGCAGGGUUUUGUUCCGCCUAGAAGGGCUCAGACGGCGCCGCAAGGAUAUGAUGAUGCAAGGCACUAUCAACAGUUUGACGAUCAAGCCCAAUAUCAGCGUCAAACAGGCUAUUCACCUCCACGACAAAAUCAGAGGGAACGCCUGCUAAACGACCUGCCUUCCCCGAAAUCUGUACCCUUCGAUAAUCCGUUCCCAACAUUUCCCUCCGGCCAGGCGUCUAAGCCCAUGAACGAUGCCGAAAUUGCAGAAAGAGCUAUGGCAGGUAUAGAUCUGAACGAACGAACAAGCUUGGAAAGCCGGCGACCUCCUACCUCCAGUAGCCAAAACUCAAUGGGUGUAAAUUCUAGAGGGCAGCCAGUUGAUCCUCGCACGGGUGCUCCGCCACGAACAUCCAACGAAGGUUAUCGUCCAGAUCCAACAUUUGCUCCGCCCCAGAGAUCUAUGACCAUGCCACAAAACUUUGGGGAACCUGGCAGCAACCGAUCCAUGAGUCAGAACUCAAAUGCUAUUCCACCGCGAGAAUACAAUGAUGGAGGGCUCUAUGGUCGGCAACCACCGCCAGAGCGCUCAACAACUAGUGUAGGGGACAUGCGAGGACCUGCACGACCGCCUGAUCGACCUUCGACUGCAACGGGUACACGGCCACAAGGAAACGGCUUCGUCGGUCCACGCAAUAAUCCUUCCUUUAACUCGUACGACCAAGCACCACCAUCUCGAAAUUUCAUGCCAAAUCGUCCAGGAACAAGUCAAGGAUAUCGCGAUGGCCCAGGGCCGAUGCAACGGCCCGGCACAAGUCAGGGUUACCGUGACGGCCCAGGGCCAAUGCAAAGAGCUCCAAUGUCUAAAGAAGCACAGAUUGACGCAUAUAUGCCCGAUUUCGAUUCUGCGCCGGCACAGACUCGACCGCUUCAGGAUGCGAUUGGUCUGCCUCUGGACGCGGCGCCAGAGGCAAGUAAACCUCUCCAGAAUUCAUCACACGAUUUGCAGAAGGCAAGGUCCCAGCCCAAUUUGAGAAGUCAAGCAAAUGGUUACGGACCCAAUAGCUAUCCUCAAGAGCCCGUGCCAGAAAUGCCACCCAUUGACACAGGAGGUUAUGGCAAUCAGCGAAGGGAGGCCCCAAGAAUGCUAUUGACGGACCCUGCACAGAUGUCGCGACCACAAGCUCCUCCUAUAGCGGGUCCGAAUAGCCCCCGACAAUUUCACCGACCCGGUGCGCCUCCCAUUGUGAGAGCGGGAACCACAGACAGCGGGUGGUCAGAUCCUGGACCUGGUCGAACUGGUACGCCAAAUAGCGUCCGAACUGGAGCCCCUGUGAAACCUGUCAAUCCGGACGCUCUCCCUCCUCACCCAACGCCGGUCAGACCGGGCUUGAGUAACACUAGAAUGGGGGCCGCAGAUAUUCGACAGCAACAAGCAAGCCGAAUGUCUGCGGAGCAACCUUCCACGGGGAGAGCGAUGUCCGGCCCUGUGACUGUCCAAGAAUUGUUCAAGCUUCGGGAAGCCGUUAAAUCCCAACCUCAAAAUCAAGCACAGGCUCUACAUUUAGCCAAAAAGCUUGUCGAGGCAGCGGUGGUACUGGCAGAUGAAAAUGGAGCGGCCGAUGCGAGAACGACGCAGCGUAACCGCGAGAACUACGUCAACGAGGCUUACAAGCUUGUCAAGAAGCUAGUUGCAGCAAACUAUCCUGAGGCUAUGUUCUAUCUUGCGGAUUGCCAUGGCACUGGUGAAUUGGGCGUGUCAAUCGAUCCGAAAGAAGCAUUUGUUCUGUAUCAAUCGGCUGCCAAACUUGGGCAUGGCCAAUCUGCGUAUCGAACUGCUGUUUGUUGCGAAAUGGGUCAAGAAAAUGGCGGUGGAACGCGAAAGGAUCCGUUGAAAGCAGUACAGUGGUAUCGCCGCGGCGCAGCAUUAGGAGAUGUUCCUGCUAUGUACAAACUGGGCAUGAUCCUGCUGAAAGGGCUCAUGGGUACGCAAGCAAACCUUGGCGAGGCGAUGAUCUGGCUUCAGCGUGCAAGCGACGCGGCGGACGCAGAAAAUCCGCAUGCCCUGCACGAACUAGCAGGAAUUUACGAGAACGCACCUCCUGGUGGCAAGGUUAUCCGUGACGAGGCCUAUGCUCUGGAGCUCUACACCAAAGCGGCCAAAUUCGGAUACAGAAAUUCUCAGUCGCGCUUAGGUACCGUGUACGAGUAUGGCCAGCUUGGUUGUGUGAUUGACCAGAAGUUGAGUAUAUACUGGUACUCGAAAGCAGCGGCACAGGAAGAUCACGAUGCCGAGCUCGCGCUGUCUGGAUGGUAUCUCACCGGCAGUCCCGGUAUCCUGGAACAGAGCGACCAAGAGGCUUAUCUGUGGGCGCGAAAGGCGGCUUUAGCAGAGCACCCAAAGGCUGAAUUUGCAAUGGGUUAUUUUAGUGAAACGGGAAUCGGAUGCCCCAAGAGCUUCGAGGAUGCGAAGAGGUGGUACGGGCGGGCAGCAGGCCAUCGAUACCCGAAGGCGAGGGAGCGCCUUGAAGAGCUCACAAGAGGUGGGCAGAAGGGCAUGAAGAAUAAAGAGAGGAUCUCUAGAAGCGAUCCAAAGAAACAGGAAGAGUGUAUUGUAAUGUAACAACAAAGCAGACUGGUGGACGAGGUUCAUGCAAUUUUACCAAAUCUUAAAAUGAGUGCAUCAAAUGAUUCCGCUGAAUUCAAGUAUGAGAUUCGAAACGUUCAUCUGACGGUCCUCAUCCGCCUAACAAGUUUCUAUA